AUGAACUCGGCCGCCAGCCUGCUUCUCAACUCGCGGCACCAAGAGAUGGUACGGGAGCUACAAAACUUCCAGGCGGUGGCCGCAGAUUGGCCAGACAUGUCGGUGCAGGAGCUUGUCGUGCUGCAUCUGCUGCAGAUGAACCUCCAUGUGUCGCUCGACGACCUGCAGCUGUUCUCGGGCAAGGAGGGCGAGGAGCAGGCGCGUCGCAUCUACCCCGUACUGCAACAGUGGGCGGCCAGCACGGCGGCCCGAACUGCGGUGUUUGGGGCCGGCCAGAUUCUGCGCUACGCCAAGAUGUUCCCGGCGGACCACCUGAACGGAUUCUACGCCGUGGCGGUGCAGCAUGCGGCGCUGGCGCUGUGGACAUACGGCGUGGUCAACAAGGCCAACCGGCAACAGACAAUGACAUCGCAAUAUUCAUACGGCAAUGUAUACCUCGACGACGUGGACUCUUUGUCGGUGCAGCGAUUCAUCGGGUUCGACCAAGGCCGGCCGCUGAUUCGCGGUCCGGCGGUGCGAGGGGCCGUUGGGGGGGAGGCACCACUGCAGGACACGAGGGCAUGCAUGGAGAUUGCGCAGGAUAUUUUGCGGACGAAUGUGUCUCACGGGAAGGAGGCAACGCCACCGAUUGUGGAAAACUUGUGCCAUCUGGUGCAGCAGCUAGGGGAUGCGGCAUGGGCGGUAGGAUUGGGUUAA